AACCCCCACCGAGAUCAUAACGGCGUGCGUGACUCUUCAGCAAUUUCCUCUUUUCUGGAUUCUAGUUUCUACUACGGCAGUACACAGUACUGUACCCAAUUCUACGAUAACCCCAAGUUACUCUCGUCACUUGCUUUUGUCCAAUCCUAUUCCAACUGUCCUUCCCUCCCUCACAAAUUCAUAUAUUCUCCCCUCGAAUGGAAAGUAGAAGCAACUUUCAAUUUCAUAUAUUCUCUUCCUCUUUAAGUUCCCCUUUUCUUUAUAUACUUCUACUUCUCUCUUUCUCUUUCCAUGGAGGCUGAGGCUGUUUCUGUAUCAGUGUCAACAACUAUGGAGGGUUUUAACUUUAAUGGGCUUUUGAGGUUAACGGGUUGUGUCAAGAAUUACGAUUGGGGCCGGAACGGGAAGGAAUCUUGUGUGGCACGACUCUAUGGGCUCAAUACUGGGGGAAAAAUCGAUGAGAAUCAGCCCUAUGCUGAAUUUUGGAUGGGGACUCACGACUCUGGGCCGUCUUAUGUAGUGGAAGAAGGAAGAACAACAACUGAGAAUGGAUUUGCUAAUGGCGGAGAAAGAGAAAAGCUUACUUUACAAGAUUGGAUUGAAAAGAACCCUAGUGUUCUUGGUCAAACUGUUCUUCACAAGUGGGGUACCCACCUCCCUUUUCUCUUCAAGGUAUUAUCCGUUGCAAAAGCUUUGUCAAUACAAGCCCAUCCGGAUAAGGAUUUGGCUACUCUUCUGCAUAAGGAGCAGCCACUUGUUUACAAGGAUGACAAUCAUAAACCUGAGAUGGCUUUGGCGUUGACCGAAUUUGAGGCCUUGUGUGGCUUCACAAGUCUUGAGGAGCUUAAAGUGAUUGUUCAGACUGUGCCUGAGAUUAUUGAAGUGGUUGGUGAUACGCCUGCAAAGCGAGUAUUAGACUUGAACGAGGAUGAUGGAGAGGAGAAAGUUAAAUUAGUGCUCAGAAAAUUAUUUACGGAGAUGAUGUCAGCUAACAAAGAUGUGAUCACGGAAGUUCUUGCCAAGCUGAUUAGUCGUCUAAAUAUUAAAAAUAAGGCAAGGCGGCUGACGGACAAAGAACAACUGGUCCUAAGACUUGAGAAGCAGUAUCCAGCUGAUGUUGGUGUUUUAGCUGCAUUCUUGUUUAAUUAUGUGAAGCUCAAUCCUGGUGAAGCUUUAUAUUUAGGGGCAAAUGAACCUCAUGCAUAUGUAUAUGGUGAGUGUGUCGAAUGCAUGGCAACCUCAGACAAUGUGGUACGUGCUGGCCUAACUCCCAAACACCGGGAUGUUACAACUCUCUGUUCAAUGCUCACAUAUAGACAGUGUUACCCUGAAAUUCUGCAAGGUACGAAACUAAAUCCGUUCACGAUGAGAUACCUCCCUCCCUUUGAUGAAUUUGAGGUGGAUCGUUGCAUUCUUCCCCAACAAUCAACUGUUGUCUAUCCUUCUUCUCCUGGUCCGUCCAUUUUUGUGGUCAUGGGAGGAGAGGGAACAAUGACCACAUCAGCAGAAGAGACUGUUGCUGAAGGUGAUGUCCUAUUUGCACCUGCAAAUACCAAUAUUACCAUUGCAACCUCCUCUGGUUUGCACUUGUAUAGAGCAGGAGUAAACAGCAGAUUUUUUGAGGAAUGACAAUAAUAGCCACGUACGCUGGCUCAUAAAUAUAGUGAAUCUGUGUUAUAUUGGCUGGCUCCACUUUGUAAUAUUAGCAUGUGCAGGUAUAUAACCACUUUAUUAAUGUAUUGUUGUAAGCAAAAACUAUCAUUGGAAGGGUGGAAAUUUUGCUCUACUUUCUUUGUUU